AGGCAGGUUAUUGAACAUAUUGAUGCCACAGACAUCAACCUUCUCAAUCUAACACCAAGAAAUUUAGAACAACAACCACAUACAAAUAACAGAAUUAAAGUAUUCAUUGGCAGCAUGUGAGAGUAACAAAACGUCAAGAAUUAUCUAAAAGAUCUAUCAGUCCAUAAGAUAUGUACUUUCAAUGUAAUCUGUGGUGCAGGUUACUUGUUUCUUAAUAAAUCCCAGACUUGGCUGAAACCACCUAUAACCUUUUCACAUGAGGAGAGCAUGCAGAUAUUUUUGUCUGCUUUGACUGUUUUAUUACUGGGAAAAGCAGCAUGACGCACCAAGUUUGAACUGAGCCCAGGACAGGCUGAACCAAUUACUUGGUCCUUGACAACGUGUCCAACACCAACAGCCAGGCUAAAAAUUCCAGCCUGGGAGGAAAACCUGAGUGUCCUUUGGCUGUGAUGACUAUAAUUUACUGAUUUGCACUCUGUCAAAAGGCUUUAAAAUAACCAGCAUUUUUCCUCCCAGCUGUUUGGGACAGAGCAGAGCUAAGACAACACAGAGAUGUUCACUUCUUCCUUGGUUUAACUUUGCCUGUGGCUGUAUGUUUUUGUAAUUUGCUGCAUAGAGCAGGGAUGUGAAGUCACAGAAAUGGUGGUUUAAGUGGCAGUUUGAUGUUUCAAAGUCUCACAAAGUGAAAAACAAACUUCAGCUAUUAAAUUUAAGCCAGUGUAACCAUACUGGAGCUUUGAUCUAAUCCUGAAAACAUUCUUUUUGUUCAUUAGAGUUUUGUUAAAUAAUAAACUGAACAAGAAAGAGAUCUUUAAAUAUGUCAGGAAUUCUAAGAAGCACUGGAGUAGUUAAUCUGAGACAAAUCUUUAAUCUCCCUCACAGAGGAAAGUAGGGUUGCAGAGUAGGUUGAGCUAAAUGAAAAGGAAAAAGGAAUGAUCAGUGGGGAGAGAAAAAAGAGCCGGAAAGAGGGGUGGACCCGGCAGAAAGAUGCAUGUGGAUGCACUGAAUGUUUCACCCACGGCGGAGUGAAGGACUGACAGCAUAUUUCCAUCCUGGAGGAGAGAGAAAGAGAGACAACAAGGGAGAGGUUUCUCAGGGAAAAAGUUUGGAGAGUGCCUCGUCUCUGAUGUGUUUUAUUCUUUGGAAGGAUCCAUCUAACAGAGAAGAAGAUGAUGGGAGCCAAAUCUGGAUCUACAUGUGUCAGAUAACUCUGACAGCCGAGCAGACAUGGAGCGUGUAAGCAGAACAAAAGGGGAACAGGGGCGACAGACGCACCAGGUCUUACAGAGCACUCCUUUAGACCUGAUUGAGACAGGCAAGUCUCUGAGGGUCCAGGCAGAGCGUCCUCACCUGGUUAGUUUGGGGAGUGGACGCUUGAGCACAGCUAUAACCUUACUACCACUGCAGGAAGGAAGGACCACGCUAGGCAGCGACGGGACAGAUAUUCCUCUGCAGGGCCCUGGCAUUGCAGUUAAGCACUGCUACAUAGAAAACCAAGCAGGCUGCAUCACCCUGUACCCAUGUGGAAACCAGUGCACUGUGGAUGGGCUUCCCAUCACCAAACAGUACCGCCUGACACAAGGGUGCAUGCUGUGUUUUGGUCAGUCGGCUUUUUUCCGCUUCAACCAUCCAGAGGAGGCCCUGCGGAUGAAGAGCAUGCUGCCUGGAGGAAACCAAGGACUGAACACCACAAGAACUCACCCAACUGACUCCCACAAUGCCCUAAAUGGGAUUUAUCAGUCUCCUGCAAGCAAUGGUGACUCCAAAAUAAGCAACAUAGCAAAGAACCUGCAGGACUCUUUGGUGCUGAAGACCCCCUCAUCAUUAUCAGGAUCUAAACUGCCUAUUCGUCAGAACUCCCCUCCAAACAUGCUCAAUGGGAGAAACGGCUCCACGACAGAGGACUCAAGCAGCUUUCGUGGUCAGAACCUCGGUAACAAAACUCCUCCCAUACCUUCCAGGUCUCCUCAUACCAACCACGCUCCUGUGCCCCAUCCUCGGAGCUCACUGUCUGUGGCUCCAAGCAGUGCUAGUGGUGCUUUGAGGUCCCAGGAGAGCCCAAAGCUUCUUAGGAAUGUAAGAGCGGACGCCACCUCAAGUCCUGCAUCAGCUAGCAGGGGGUCAGGGCAGAGCACAGAAAACUCUAAAAAGCCAGCCUCGGUCAAGUUGUCCCCUACAGCUCCACCCAGUCCUGGAGUGAGAGGUUCCUCCCUGCAGAAAAGAUCCCCCAGUCCUAUGAGAGAUCUUUCUCAUGCAGAUGUCCCUCAAAGGAUCAGGACUCCUGAGCCAAGUGGACCCACAAGCCUGAGAAAUCUUCCUCCUCACAGCCCCUACACGUCCCGCAGAGGGACUCCAGGAUCACCAGGCUCAGCAGCUUUUGUCCCUGACAGCCCCCAGGGCCUCCGCAAACUGACUGCUUCAAAAGCAGAAUCCAUGAGGGCCAUGUAUGCCCAGAGUCCAUCAGCACUAUCUGGGCUGGAGAAGGGUCAUGGGGGAGCCACAAUGUCAGGCCUGAGUUCUCUAUCUGGUUCAUCUCCUUUUUCUAGUCCUGGAAGCCAAAGAAAGACCUCCUGUAUGGCAGGAUCCUCCAGCAGGGACCAGAGUCAUAUAAAGCCCCGUACCCGGGAACGCAAAAACAGCAUCUCUGAGAUCAGUGACAAUGAGGAUGAGCUGCUUGAGUAUCACCGCUGGCAGAGAGAGGAGAGGCUGCGGGAGCAGGAGAUGGAGAAAAUGGAGCGACAGAGGCUGGAGACCAUCCUGAAUCUGUGUGCAGAGUAUAACCACGAGGACAGCGCUGCAGAGCUGGCUGAGGUUGUGAGGAGUGGGCUGCUGGGAGGAACCUGCUUAGACAUGGCAGGGGGGUUGUCUCUUCAGGGAUUAGACCGACCCCAGAGAGAGAACGAUGAGGAAACACAGAGAGAGGAGUCCAGCAGCACAGAGAGCACACACCAAGAGUGUGAAGAGAUAUUUGCCGGUCAGGAGCAGGCCUACCUGGAAGAGGAGAGAAACAGGAUUUUGGCCCGGGUCGAUGACAUAAAGCAGAGAGUCAGUGAACUGGAGCAGCAGUUACAAGAGACCAAACAGGAGGUGGAGAUGGAGCAGGCCCUGCUGCAGGCAGAGAGGCGGGCAGAGCAGGAGCAGGUGGAGGCUGAAAAUGAAAUCAUCUCUCAGCUGCAGCUCAAACUGAGCCAGCUGGACAAGGCCACCCAGAAAGAGAAGGACAAGGGGAGGGCUAAUGUGUCGGCUGAGCGGAAGGCCCUGGAAAAGCAGAGGAAUGAGUACAAUGAGCUGAAGAGGCAGUUUGAUAAGUGCCCCUUGUCUCAAAGGGAACAGUUACAGGAGCAGCUCAGCAGGAAAGCUGAAGCUCUGGAGUCUGAGACCAAGCAGUUUGAGGAGCUGGAGUUUUGUCAGCUGGAGGCAGAGAGCAGCCUGGAGGAGAGGAAGGACACCCAGAGCUCGCAGCUUCUUCAGGAGAGAGCUGAGUAUCACUGCAGCGUUGCUAAAAGGAAGGAGAAGAUGGGUGCUCUGGAAGCUCAGGUGCAGCAGCUGGGGUUACAAGCAACUCAAGACUGUGAGAGGAUGGCUAAAGACAGGGCUGUGGCUCUGCAGCUGUUAUACAAGGAGCAGGACAGGUUGAUUGCCAUGGAGAAGAGGUACCACGCCCUGACAGGAGGGAGAAACUUCCCAAAACACAGCAAUAGCAUGAAAGAGGAGUACCUCAGGCUCUCUGAUGUCUAUAAGAUGUAUGGAAGUGCUGCUCUGCAACCUCACUCCUCUUCCCCUGCUGCUCUCCACUGCCUGUCCCUCACUGUACAUCCAACUCUGCCAUGUGAGGAGUACAUCACAGUUAGUCAGUUGAGCCAGAUCUUUGGGAUGCAGAGACUUGACCCCUCCUCUUCCUCAUCUACUCCAUCAUUCCAACUUGCCAACUCUCAAUCUACCUUCUCAUGCCACUCUGCUGCAUGUGGACCUCCCUCCUUUCUAUCUGCAAAGAGCCAGCCUGAGCUGAGCAGGAAUGUAAUGCCUCCACUUAAUCUCGAGCGCUGGUACCAGGACAUCAUGGCUGCUGGAGAGUCUCAGUCAUGUCCUCCUCCACUGCCUGCAAAGACUUUUUCCACACGCAGACAGGGGCAGCUAUUAAAGUCAAAGUCAGAUGGUGAAGUUGGUCAGGCAGCAUUGUGCAGCGCUGCAGCUCUGCUGCACUCCAGUGGUCCUGCUCAUGAAAGAAAUGCAUCUAGCAAGGGUUUACAGUUAAUGCUGAGAGAGAUGUCAAACCCAUUAGACAUGGAGUCCAGGAGGCAGUUUGUCAUGCAGAACAAAGAUAUGUCUCCCACAGUUCAUCACUCCAUCCUGCAUCACCAGACGCCGCCCAGUGGAAACCAGGCGUAUGACACCCUGAGCCUGGAGAGCUCAGACAGCAUGGAGACCAGCGUCUCCACCGGCAACAACUCCGCCUGUACCCCAGAAAGUGCCUGUGGGCUAGAGGCCCAGAGGAUAGAGGAGAUGGAGAAGAUGCUGAAGGAGGCGCAGCAGGAGAAAGCCCGGCUCAUAGAGAACAGAGAGAGGGAGGUGCAGGCUCGACGGCAGAUGUUGGAGGAGGAGCGGAGGAGGAGAGAGGAGGCUGAGAGGAGGCUUCUGGAUGAGACGGCCCACAGGCAGAGGCUGGUGGAGGAGGAGGUGAAGAUGAGAGAGAAGCACUUCUCCCAGGCCCGUCCAAUGACGCGCUACCUGCCAAACCGUAAGGAGGAGUUUGACCUGCGUUCUCAUGUGGAGUCCUCAGGACACUGCAUAGACACCUGCCCCUUCGUCAACCUCACUGAGAAGAUGUGCAAAGGCCACCUGGUGAAGAUGGGCGGCAAGAUCAAAUCAUGGAAGAAACGCUGGUUCGUUUUCGACCGUCUGAAGAGGAACUUCUCUUAUUACGUCGACAAGCAUGAGACCAAACUGAAAGGACUCAUUUACUUUCAGGCAAUUGAAGAGGUUUAUUACGAUCACCUACGCAGCGCUACAAAGAGCCCAAACCCGUCAUUGACCUUCUGUGUGAAAACCCACGACCGCCUUUACUACAUGGUGGCCCCGUCCCCGGAGGCCAUGAGGAUCUGGAUGGAUGUCAUAGUAACGGGCGCCGAGGGCUACACGCAGUUCAUGAGCUGAGGGACCAGCGGGUGACAGAUGUGAAGGAUGAAGGAGGGACUGAAUGAAUGAGCACCAAGACACCUGAGACUCCACCUGAGCUGCUCCCUGCCGGAGCUCGAGCUCGAGACGGUUUGUAACAGCUGGACGUUUGAAGAGAUGAAAAAUGUGGAGCUCUCAAAAAAGAAGCCUGAUGCAUUCGAGCAAAUGAGGGCGGAGUGGGAGGUACAUUUGUAAGGAUAUAUGGUUUGUUGUUAUCUUUCAGCCACUAUAAGAGAAUAGUUUGAGCUGCUUGUCAAUUGAUUUAAAAUCGAACACACCCAGCAACAAAAUGUAAUGUUAACAUGACAAAUACAUUUUUAUAUAUAUCAAAACAAACACAUGAAAUAUUUCACACUUCAGCUCAAACUGUCGGGCUGUUAUCACUUUAACAGAUAUUUACUAUCUUUUUUUUUUUUUUACAUACAUUUGUACUUUUUCCCUCAAGUUUGUUAACUUUUCACAGAUGAUAAAUAAUAUCUUAAUAUUAUACAACACCACAAAAAAAAUCAGAAAAAACGAAGCUAUUUUAAAGACUCAUGUUACUUAUCUGCUGAACAUUACUUGGUGCCAAAUACUUUCUGUAAUAAUUUUGUCAGAUUUUUACAAUACAAAUGUUAAUAUGACUUUAUAUAUUGGUAUAAGAGCUUUUUAUUCAGGAAAAUAACGCAGCUUUAUGUAUCUGUAUUUAACAAAAAAGUUAUUAAAGAAACCUUCUAUAAGCAAUUUUAACAAAAUUCAUAGACCAUACUUUAAUGAAGAUAUUGUAAAACUACCAUGUAAAAAAUAAAAAUGUAU